UUGAAUAGUGAAAAACAGUUUAACAUUACGAAUUUAGAAUUAUGACUUCACACUCACUUAACUCUGAUGGUUCAGGCCGAGAUCGCCUAUCUAUGUCAUCAUACAGUACCUCCCCUUACUCAAGCGAACAUGGAACAAAGCGAUCGUUGAUCUUCGAGAACAUACUAUUGAACCGCCGACCGUGUAUGUCUGACGAUCUCACCUCGACUGGCAUGUCCAGGGAAUCCUCUCUAGAGGAUAGAUUGAUUGGGAUGGAGGAAGAGAUAUCUGGCCAAGAUAUGUCAAAUGACCCUCCAGUUCUGGUUGACGAUAAAAGAGUGUCUGAGAUGCUGUCCAGAAAAAACUGGACGUUUUCUCCAGAUCAGGUGGCUUGUGUAUGUGAAACCCUUCAACAGGCCGGAGACAACGAUCGUUUGGCCCGUUUCCUGUGGUCACUUCCAUCCAUUGAGCAAUUACGCUGCAAAGAGUCAGUCCUCCGAGCUCGAGCGACCGUGGCUUUUCACCAAGGUAACUACAAAGAGCUUUAUGCGAUUCUUGAGAGCCACAACUUUGAAUAUUUUCAUCACUUAGAGCUCCAACAGAUGUGGUAUAAAGCCCAUUACAGAGAGGCUGAGAAGAUCCGCGGCAGACCGCUGGGGGCAGUGGACAAGUAUCGCCUACGACGAAAGUAUCCAUUACCGAAGACAAUUUGGGACGGCGAAGAGACAGUCUACUGCUUUAAAGAAAAGUCCCGUAUGAUGCUGAAGGAAUGUUACCUUCAGAAUCGAUACCCAACUCCUGACGAAAAGCGACUGUUGGCAAAAAAAACCGGACUGACCUUAACCCAAGUUAGCAACUGGUUCAAAAACAGAAGACAGAGGGACAGGACACAUACUAGUAUGACUUCCAAAAAAUCUCUUCUUCCAUCUGCUUCAGAAGAUACUCUCGUCGACAGUGAUCCAGUAGCCCUACAACCAAUAGUAACUAGCCUAUCACAGCAAAGCUCUUCACGUGGUUUGCCCAGUGAUCAAAAUAACUUUCGGAACCUUGGCUAUUGUCAAAGCUCGCUAGAAGAAGGACGUUUAUAUCCAGCUAUGACGACCAUGAAGUCCUCUCAUCUCACAUCUGAAGAUGUGAGGUUAUCUGAUGUCACGGUGUUUAAAGGUCCAGUGAAGACGCUUGAAGAAAAUGCGAUAGCUAGUCACGUGACAUUGAUAAAAGAUCUCACUCGUGAUGCAAGCGAUGGAUUUUCUGGAAUCUCACUUUCUAAAGGAAUGAAGAAAUCACUAGAUGGACGAGUUCCGCCGGAUAUGGUUGUACUAAAAGAGGUGCAAAGGGUCAUGGGGGAAGGAAACAUGGCGAUGGUCAAGAGUGACCCUGAAAUAGUUCAGCCUGGAUUUUUUUACCCAGCAUACCCCUCUGUUUUUGACAACGGAGCAUUCUAUCCUUAUUCAUCUGUUAUGACGCAUGAAAACGUACCACCAGGAACCUGGAAAGAUUCAUCUUUGCAAUGCAGGCAGUAA